AGGAGGCAGAGGGAAAACCAGGCCAGGGAGGAUGUCCUGGAAGCUGGCAGAAGUCGGACAGGAGAGCGAGGCUUACUUCUCCCUGAGUGGCUGCCUCCCUGAGUGGGUGCCGUGCUUUUAGGAGCCUUGGUGUCCUCCUCCGUAAAAUGCGGGUAACCGCCCACCUCACCACGUCGACCGCGGGCCCGAGGGGAUGAGGACGCGAGGAGAAAGCGCUUUGCGCGGUGUAAAGCGCUGCACAGACGUGAGGCUGGCUCCGCGGGCGCCUCCUCCCCGCGGGCCGCCCCCAGAAGAGGGUUGCAGACCCGAGGGCGCGGCGUGGCGGCCCCGGCGGCGGCGCUCGCGUUAGGACCCAGCGGAUCCGGGCUGGAGGGCGGGCGCCGGCCCGUCGGGGGCCCGGAGGGGGGCUCGGAGCGGGCAAAGGGGCGGCUCCGGCGGGCAGACUCGGAGCGGGUGGCCAGCUGUGCGGCGGCGCUGCAACAUCUGGUUUCCUCCGCCCGGACCCCAGGCCGGCCUCUGGAGCAGGCAGAGCCUCCUGCAAACUGUCCCCUGACACCAGCCCAGCUCACCUCACUGUGUAGCCAUGAGAGCAGCCUCCCUCUUCCUGCUGUUCCUGCCUGGCCUGCUGGCUCAGGGCCAGUAUGACCUGGACCCGCUGCCUCCGUUCCCAGACCACGUCCAGUACACCCACUAUAGCGACCAGAUCGACAACCCGGACUACUAUGAUUAUCAAGAGGUGACGCCUCGGCCCCCAGAGGAGCAGUUCCAGUUCCAGUCCCAGCAGCAAGUCCAACAGGAAGUUAUCCCAGCCCCCACCUUAGAACCAGGCCAUGUUGAGACGGAGCCCACGGAGCCUGGGCCUCUGGACUGCCGCGAGGAGCAGUACCCGUGUACCCGCCUCUAUUCCAUACACAAGCCUUGCAAGCAGUGUCUCAACGAGGUCUGCUUCUACAGCCUCCGCCGCGUGUAUGUUGUCAACAAGGAGAUCUGUGUCCGCACCGUCUGCGCCCACGAGGAGCUCCUGCGAGCUGACCUAUGUCGUGACAAGUUCUCCAAGUGCGGUGUGAUGGCCAGCAGUGGCCUGUGCCAGUCUGUGGCGGCCUCCUGCGCCAGGAGCUGCGGGGGCUGCUAGGGUGGAGCUGGCGCCCCAGCCCUGGGCCCUCCGCGGAUCUUGGGCCCCCAGGCUCUGCCUGACCUGGUGCUUUCUUCCCCAGCCCCACUCGCCUGUCAUUCUGUAAAAAGUUAGAGGACUGUGGCCUUGGGGGUGGCCUCGGGCCCCUCCCCCAGUCUGUGGCCACCCCUGGAGCACAAACAGGGCUCCCCAAGGCCCAGGCCUUGCCCCCAGGCGGGGGACACCCCAGGCCUCUCUAUGGGCCCCUCACGUGCCUUCCCCCUCCCCUCCCCCUCCGAGGGCAGUCCCCGCCCCCAGGGUAGGCUAUGACCCUCCCCCAGCUGGUCUGCUUGGAGUUCCUACAGCCCCGGGCAUAGUCCACCUUUGUUUUAUACAAAAUUAAAAACAGGUUUUUACAAAA